AAUCACAGCUUUGGGCCAUUGCUUGUUGGGGUCUUCCUUAAUUGCAUACUUUAUGGUGUCCUUGCUGUACAAAUAUUUAUUUAUUUCCAAACAUACAAGAAAGACAACCAACGUAUCAGAGCACUUGUAUGGUACCUCUUCAUAGUGGAAACUCUGAAUACUGAUGCGUAUCUAAAGCUCAUUAUUUUUGUGUUAUUUCUGCACAGUCUAUUCAAUCUGCCAGACUUGCUCAAUGAUCCUAUUGUGACUGUGAUGAUUUCUACUCCGGUGCAAAUCUUCAUGGCCUGGCACAUCAAAGUGAUCAGUCAAUCCACCGUGUUGUUUUAUGGAAUAACCUUCUUUUCUGUGUGCUCUUUCACGACUGCCGACGUAGUGAUUGCGGUGACGAUCAUCAAUGAAUUUGCAAAUCUUCAUCAAUUUGAUGGCUCAGUGAUCACUUGGUUAGCAUCCUUUGCAGUUACAGAUAUCUUGAUUACAGUGACCCUGGUGUGGAUUCUGUGGAAGAAAUGCACUAACAUACGAGCUACGGAUGAUGCUGUUUCCAGGAUCAUUAGAUUGACUGUACAGACCGGAGCAAUCACUGCUUUCUCAGCAAUACUCGAUGUUAUAUUAUUUUUGGCAAUCCCUAACACUACAGUAAACUUUGUUUGGGAUUUUGCAUUGUCAAAAUUAUACACCAAUGCAUUGAUAAGCAUGUUA